GCUGGCUGGGGAGACACUCCCUUGAGAUAAACAGCCAGCCCUGUUUCCUCUCACGACCCGCUUGCCAACUCUGAAAUCCAGGCACCUGGCCUCCUCGCUAGGAUGGCCGAGUCGUGACACACACACACACCAGGAGGGUCUGAUGAUGAGGAAGCCCUCCCCCCCCCUUUGUUUUCCUCCAACAAACUUAGAAAAAGUCACGAAACUGCUUAUUCAGCCAAUAGGAGUCCAGAGGAAUGGUGGGUAUGUAUAUGGGGGCUAAGGCAGAUGGCAGUUGCUGUUCUAUCUGGCAAGGGGGGAGAGUGACCAGCAGCCCUUUCGGAAAGCGAAGGAGCAAAAUCCCUCUGGAUAAAGAGAGGUGCAUGUUUGCCUUUUCUGGUUUCACAGGCUGAGCGGAGGGUCUGUGGAACGGUGUGCUGUCCAAGACACACACACCCCUUCCCCAGCAUCUCUUGGGCAGCUGCUACAGGAUGCAACAUCACAAAGAGGUUAUGUACAUGGAUUCUUGGCAGAAGUGUUUGAUGGAGCCGUCCCUGCAAAUGGUACCUGCUGGAGCAGAGACAGAUAUACCAGACUACAUAGAAGACAGCAGGAACACGAUCCACCAGGAAGACUUCAGCGCUGCCGACUGGUGGUUGCUUCCAGAAAACGAGACGGAUCAGCAACUGACGGGCUGGACAGACCGGAGUUACCUGGCUGAGCUUGAAGGGCUUGAGAAGGACAUGCCCUUCCCUCCUGCAGUGGGCUUCAAAGGCUUCUCUGAAAACACCAGUACUAUAGUGGAAUUGACACAGGCCUCUGGCUGCCUAGAUUAUGAGGAACAAUACAACAGGGGUUCUGGCUUUGUCCUGCAGCAAGAGCAUGUCCCCACGGGCAUGGAGGCCUCUUGCUAUCCUGCCCUUACGGUCCCUCCACCAUCUUCUUCCCCUUUACACUUUUGGCCCCUUGAAGAACACCUCUCCCCCCUUCAGCCGCUCCUUAGAGGUCAACAAGAGAGCCAAGAGAACGAUCAAGUCUUUUUGAGAAGCACAACAUCCUGUAAGUGGGGAAAACCUGAAGCAGCUGCCUUCAGUCAACCCAGCACGUCAGACGGUGAUUCAUGUCGCUGUGAAGUUCCUGUCAGCAGCCAGAGAAAACGGGAAUUAAGGCACUGGUCGCGAGCCACCUCCACCAACAUAUCCCAUAGGGAUCGGACAGGUUCUGGACCCAUCCAGCUGUGGCGUUUUCUGCUCGAACUGCUGCAGGACGGUUCAUGCCAGGCCUUCAUCCGCUGGACAGGGAAUGACUGGGAAUUUAAACUCUGUGAUCCUCAUGAGGUGGCACGGCGCUGGGGCAAGAGAAAGAACAAGCCCCGCAUGACCUACGAGAAACUGAGUCGAGGACUGCGCUAUUACUAUCACAAGAACAUCAUUCACAAGACCAGCGGUCAGCGGUAUGUGUACCGCUUUGUCCGGGAUAUCCAGGGUGAACUGAGUGAGAAGCCACAAAGCUAGGGAACGUGAGCAUCCGUGCAAAAGGACAUCCAUGCAAAAGAAGAAAUAAGUAGCUCUUCUUGGAGGGGGGGGACUUCUUCUGGGUCCCUUUAGCUUUGAUGAAUAACAAAGCGGACAACUUGAAUGACAUGCAGAAUGCUACCCGGUUCCCAGGGAUGGUGCACGUCAAGGCACUGUUUGCAGACGCAUGCCAACUCCAGCAGGUCCUGUAGAGUGGCGAUCUGCUGUUAUCUUCCCACUUGUGUGCAAGGAAAUAAAAUUACACAACCCAGCAAGAUUUGGUUAUAAAUAAAAUACCUGGAUAUUUGAGUAUCAAUAUAUUUUGGUAAGUAUAAUUUCUAGGAUUUAUAGAUGCAAUUAGUUCUUUCUCCUUCUUGUUCUUCCUGUAGGCAUUUCAAGAGUGUAACUAGGGACGGGCAUGAAUCAGAAAAACUGUGAUUCAUUUUGAUUCGUGAUUUGUCUUGACGAAUCAAUUUUUUAAAC